UGCAUAACUUCAAGAAAAAAAGAAUUAAAAAUUGGUACAUAAGAUUUAGUUAAAAGUUUUGGUUGGAAUUCUAAUGAAGCCUUUUAAUAACAUGAUAGUUAGGAAUUUUUAAGAGUUUUAUUUGAUGCUAUAGAAAACACAUUCAAAAAUAAAUUUAUCAAUUAAAUGUAUUAAGGAAUAUAUAUAAAUUAUGUUAAAUGUGAAAAUUGUUAAAAUUAAAAUGAAAGGUAGGAAUAUUUCUUAGAUAUAUAAAUGACUAUAAAGAAUAUUUUUGAGGGUACAUAAAAUUUUAAUUUAGAAAACGCUUUUUUAAAUUUUCUUAAACCUGAAUAAUUAUCGGGAUAAAAUUAAUAUUUUUGUGAAAUUUGUUAAGGAAAAUAAAAUGCAAUUAGAGGAACUUUUAUUUAAAAACUACCUUCUAUUUUGACAAUUUAAUUGAAUAGAUUUGGAUUUGAUUAUUAAACAAUGAAAAGAGUUAAAAUAAAUGAUUUAUUUGAAUUUCCUUUUAUUUUAAAUAUGAAUACUUUUAUUAAGUAUUUUUAUUCAUUUUUAAAUAAAUAAAAAAAAUAAAAAAUAGAGGAUAUGAUAAUAUUCCUUUACAAAAAAUCUAGAAAAUUAUAAACGAAAACGAAUAAAUAAAAGAAAUAAACUAAAAACAAUAAGAAAUAUCUAAAAACAUAAAAAAAACGGAAUAAAAAAUAGAAAUAAAGCCUUAAGAAAAAAAAAUAUCUGCUAAAGAAUUUAUAAAAAAUGCCCGUUUAAAAUCCUAAAAAAAAAAAUAGGAAGAAGAAAUGUAAUUCUAACUAUUUACUCCAGAAGAUAAAUAAGGUCAAAAAUACUAUAUAGAAAUAACUCAAUAAAUCCCUCAACCUCCUCCAUUAUUAUAAAAUCCUAGAAUUUAAAUAGAAUAAAAUCCUUCAUAAUAAAUCCCAAAUCCACCCCCAUUGA